CCACAUAAAUUGGGAGCAGCAGUUCACAAAAAAAAAAUUCCAUUUAAACCGGUACAUCAUUGAAAAUUAACUACGAGUAACAACCAACCAACCUCACAAACCCAAACACACCAACCAACUCCCUCUUUCUUUCUCUCUCCUUUCACGCCCGCCGGUCACCUCGCCGCACUCUAUACUACACUCCUCUUUCCUUCUCUCUCUUUGCGAUUCCUUUGAUUUCAAUAAGAAAUCAUGUCGUAUGGAAGUACCUAUCAACCUCAAGGAGGUACAUUAUAUGAAUAUAAUUGGCCAUCCUUUCCCAGAUAUCAUGACAACAGCAACUUAUAUCAAAAUGAUGACUAUUAUAGCUACAGCAGAUAUAACCAUAACGGUAGUAGGAUGUUUGAUGAAAUGAAGAGGCACGACUUUCACUACAAUGCCUUAGGAAAUUGUAGAGAAUUAGCCCUUAGAGAAAACUAUUCAAGGCCUAGUGGCGUACCAUCUUUUAAAAGAAGAAGAAUUUCAGAGAAUGCUGGGGUAAAUGAUGGAAAUUUUUAUUUCCAACCAAAUCAGAACAGAGUUGCCGCUUUCAUUCCUUCAUAUGACAGUACUUAUUUUCCCACUAUAGCUGCUCCUAGUACAAGUGCUAAUUGUAACACAUCGGGUAAACGUGGACGGUCGGUUCUAGAAGAUGAAGAUUGCACAGUCCUUAUGUCUAGGGAGGAGAUAGAAAGGUGUUCCCCUUCAAGAAAAGAUGGGAUUGAUGCAUUACAUGAAACACGGCUGAGGUACUCAUAUUGUGCCUUCCUUCAGAACCUUGGGAUGCGGCUUGAUGUGCCUCAAACAACAAUAGGCACUGCAAUGGUUUUAUGCCACCGCUUUUUCAUCCGACGAUCACAUGCCAACCAUGAUAGAUUUUUGAUUGCUACUGCUGCACUGUUCCUUUCUGCAAAGUCUGAAGAGACAGCUCGCCCUUUGAAUGAUGUGUUGAAGGCGUCUUGUGAAAUUCUCCACAAGCAAGAUCUUACCAUCUUGUCGUACAUGCUCCCUAUUGAUUGGUUUGAGCAAUAUCGGGAGCGAAUCAUUGAGGCUGAGCAAUUGAUUCUAACUACGUUAAACUUUGAGCUCAGUGUACAACAUCCUUUUGAUACUUUAACAUCCAUUCUUAACAAGUUAGGUGUAUCACAGACACAUUUGAUGAAUCUGGCACUGAACUUGGUCAGUGAAGGGUGUUGCUGGCCAGAUUUCAAAAGCUUGAAUGUGCUUGUCCAAUUAUCAUUUUAUAUGUUUCAUCAUGGAGAACUCAGGGUUGAUAUGCCUAGCUGGCGGAGAUUUGCUAUAAUGAAGUUAUGUUUUACAUCUGAAGUUGAACUGCCGUUGUGUUGUGGUUGCUUAACUCUGAAAAUGCCUGUCAAGCUGGUAUUUGGCUAUAGCAGAUAGACAUAGACUCAUUCCAGAAUCGGUUUAAGUAGUUUUCCAGCUUUUCUUUUUUUUUGGGGUGACAUCAAGUAUAGAAAUAAAGGGCAAAAUAGAAUAUUUAUGAUAUGAUUAAAUAUUCUUUUGCUGUUUUUAUUUCUGAUUAAUUAAUAUUUUAUUAGAAUUUAGAAACUAAGCUUGACUUCGAUUUUAUGCCCGGUGGUCAAUAUGUGGUUGAUGAACAAAUGAUGAAGAGGGAGGGAGGUUUUUGGAGUGGGAGGAGACGAGUAUAUGGGCAUGAAUGCAGUGCAUCUUAUGCACACAACAGUAGUCAUUCUGUUGGAGACUUGGAGUGGUCCUCCUGUUAUGCUUUGUGAAUUGAAGGGAGGACAUAGUCAACCAAACAGUAGGACCUGCUGCUAUUAUUGCAGGGUGGCCUACUUUGCCCUGGUUUUGAACUCUCAUGUUUUUCCAUUCCCAAACCUUUUGUUUCCCCUUAAUUGUGAAGCUUGUUGAUGGUGAAAACCCUUGCCUCUAUGGAUAAGUAUAAAGGGCUUUGAUAAGGAGAGAAUUUGCCAGAAUCGCUGUCUUCAGUGUCAAUUCGUAUAGUGAAACUGGUCUUCUGGAUUAACCAAAUGCAGCAAAUCUGGUAAGUUGAAGCUGAACAUUUCAAAUCUUGUGCUCUACAGCAUUAUACUUGACCUCCUGAAACACCUAGAUUUGCAAAAAGUCAGGUUAUAUAACCCCACUGUAGUCAGCAUGGCUUAUUGCUGUUGAUGGGUUCUUUCAGAUCCAGAAAAUAUUGAAGGGGAAAAACAGAAAGAACAUUGAAUGGGAAAAAGAAAGAUCGACCAAUAGGUUAGUUGUAUGUUUUGCAUUCCUUUAUGAGAAUCAAAGUCAACAAUGUUCGAAUUGAGCAAGGAUACCUCUUUAUUAGAAAGACCUUCUUGAACACACUGGGGAUGCUCAUAUUAAUUGCACUCUAUAGUUAUAUCAUCAGGAUAUCAAGUUAUUAAUGCAUAAAGUUGAUUAAAAAUUUGAUUAUGUGACUAAUUUUUCUUAUUUCAUACUCAUAAGUUGUAACAUAUAUAUCUGUAACUACUUAAGUAGCUUUUAUAUGCAAUGAAAAAAUGUCUACAGUAGAAAAAUAAGAACCUACUCUGUUCUCACAUAGUCCCUUCCCCUCCCUCUUGGAAUAAAUGGGUGUCUGCAACAUUUUAUUUAGGGAAGUGUCAUUACAUGUUUUUUCAGAGAUUGCACUUCUUAAUCAUCAGUUUUUUUUCCCUAUAUUAUCUAUGAGUUUGAUUUGAAGGGGGUUGAGUGAUGGCAAUUACCUUGCCAUCAUUUUGUGAUGAUGCAAAGCUGUCUCUUCUUGCAAACCAAUGACUAUCAAUGUAAUGUUGAAAUUGACUUAUUGUAUCCAAUUUUGCGCCAGGCAUGUGUAAUCAGUAAUCACCAUUAUGGAAACAAUCUCUUUGUUCCAAAGGUUUCUGAUAGUUGGUUUUUUUUCUUUUCCAAAAUGGCUUUAUCUACAUUUUAAGGGUUAGAAAUCCAUUGAAAAUUUAGUAUUGAAGGUGAACUCUUGCCUCUUGGUUUAUUUGGCUGCUGUGGUAAAUCAUGCCUAAAGUGAUGUAUAUAGGUUGAAAAUGGAUGAUGAGAAGUAACUUCCAUUUGAAUACUUGUAUAUUUUUCUCUUUUGGGUUAUGUUCAUUGCUGUGUUAUAAAAAUUUGGAUCUAGAUCCAAAGAUCUUAUGUUUUGAUUUUUCAAAAUCAGGAAUUCUUUGAGCUAAAACUGUUGUUUGUUUCAUUUCACUUGUAGUUGGCAGUUUUUCAAACUGUAAAUGCAUAGAUUGUUCAUGCCUGGUGCAUGGACUAAGUGAAAUAUAUGAUUUCAAAAUCAGUGAUUCAACAUGCAUAGAAGAGUUACUCCUUGCAUAUCUUCACAUGGUUUGGCUUUUGUGUGUGUGUGUGUGUGUGAUAGUAGGAAUGUGGAAAGUUUCCUUGGAUAUAUGUUGCAUAUUUUGGGUCUAGACUCUAGACUCUGUCUCUUUGGUCUAAUGAUGAUCUCAUAGUCUUCUUUCUUAAUUGCUUCAGUUGAUUAUAAUGUUCUGUUACCCCUCACUUAUAUUAUGCCUUAAAAAUACAGGGAGACUGUGAUUGUUCCUCAAUGCAUUAUCACUUUUAUUAUCUUUAAGAGAUGACAAUGAUGCACCACCUUCAAUCAACUGUAGGAGUUCAGUAUAAUUUGGUUUGAUAUUUGAAAACAUUGGAUAACUGUGCCACCAUUGAUCUGUUUGAAAGUCUAGUUAUAUGUUAUGAGACUUGGAUCUGAAGUUGUGGCAAUGUAUCGCUGUGAUCUAGUUUGUGACUAAGGCUCUUAGUUGAGCCGUUGAUAAAUUCUUGGGUAAAUUUACAAUAUUCUAUCGCCAGAGCAUAACAUUAUAUAUGGCAUAACGCUUAAUAACUACCAAAUAAAAACAGGAAAUAAGAAAAAAAGUUUCAUUAUUGUAUAUUUUAAACUUUGAUAUUAUCUUUGUUAAAUGCUAUGAAGUAUUAUCUAUGUGCAAUUCUGAAGCAACUAUGGCCAGGUUUGAGGCUGUGAAAUUUUCAAAGUUUUACUAUCUGUACUGAACAUAUGGAGCAUUCAAGUUGACAAAAGGGCUAAAAAUGCGUUGAUACUUACCAACAAGUAAUGCUUAACAUAUAUGAAAACAAGAAGUGGUUUUGUAUUUAAGAUGUGUUUGAAGCUGAACAUGAUAUUGAUGAUGGAGAUCCUCAUACCCCUUUAUUUCUGUCAUUAAUUCUUCCUCAGUCUCCUUCAGUCCUUAUGUGCCAGCACUCAGCAGGAACUAUUAUCAGCUAUGCUCAGUGAUUUAUAGCUUUUGGUUGGUUGGUAGUUUGGUACAAAUGGGUUUAUUUAGAACAAUUUAACUAAAAUUUGAGCACUUGGUGAGAUCCUUUAAGUGAUGUAUCUCAAUAACUCUUGCGCAUUUUGUUAUGGGAAUGGUCACUUGAAGUACUUCAAAGUUGGCCAAAAAGAAAAAUGAUACAUUCCUAGUUUAGAUUAAUCUGUGUAGUCUGGAAUCUAUACCCAAAAAUUGACACUUUAGUCCAAAUAUAAUAGUGAAUUUGUGUGUAGAAAGACUGAAAGAGGUAUCAGUUUGUGGUCUAUUAGAAUCUCACUUUGUAAAUUAGUGGACAGUUUGCGCAUAAUAAUCUUGCCAAAUAUUCUUGACAUGACAGUGUUGUACCAUCAAUUGUUAUAAUUUAGCCAUUAGAUUCAAUUAUCUAUUAUGGCCAAAUGUUUGUGUGGCUUAUGGUGUUGAUGAAUACCUAAGAAGAUGUGAAUGGUUGCUGAGCUUCCAUUCUUUGAGUAUUAAAAAGCAACACACCAUGGUCUUUUCAAUAUCUAUUCUUUGAGAAAAGAUGGCUGAACAUUCUAAAAGGUUGGCCUAUGUUUUUCGCCAUCUGAAUGUUUUGAGAUGCUGGACUACGAAAUAUGUACGUGGGAAAAAGGCUACAAUUAGAACUUCUUUGGAAGUUGGAAUGAUCUCUUUAAUGAUUGUGAAGUAUUUCUGUAGUUUUCGUACUCCUUUCAGCUGUUCACCAGAAGCGUUCAACUAGGUUGCUGGUUAAAAUUUUGGUAAGAACACAUGUCUUGGUCUGUUCUUUCUUGCAACCUAGUUGGAAACUUGGAAUCAAUAUUACAUUUUUGCUGCUGCUGCCCUUUUGUUGUCUUCUGGUGCUCUUGGCCUUUUUAUAGAUGAUGUAGUUUGUUAUGAUGUGUUAAUAUGCCAGGCUAUUGGAGGUAUUUCUGCAAUCCUGCUGUAAUAUUUUUGUUUUGCUUUCUCUUGGGAUGUUCUUUAAUCCUGGACGCCAUGUCUCUUCCUCUGCUACAUUAAUUUUGUUAUAAUUGUGUUUCCUUAUUUUUU